CAAGUCAGAAAUCAGUCCAUUUGUAACUAUCGAGGAGCGGUGAACAUCGAGGAGAGGUCGUGGAGGAAUUUACCAUCUAGCCACCAUCGCCGUUCGCCAAUUACACCAUGGCUGAUACCGAGAAAGCGCCGCAGCCGCAGCCCCAACAGCAGCAGCAAUCAGAUCAACAACCGCCACCCCAACAAACUAAGGCGGCUAAACAAAAGCAGAUCAUUGCUGAAAAAGUUUCGGGCACCGUUAAAUGGUUUAACGUCAAGAGUGGAUAUGGUUUCAUCAACAGGAAUGACACUAAGGAGGAUGUGUUUGUACAUCAAACUGCGAUCACCCGGAACAACCCGCGCAAGGCUGUGCGUUCGGUCGGCGACGGCGAGGCUGUGGAGUUUGCCGUUGUGGCCGGCGAGAAAGGCUAUGAAGCUGCCGGAGUCACCGGCCCCGACGGAGAGCCAGUCAAAGGCUCGCCCUACGCAGCCGACAAGCGCCGCGGUUUUCCGCGCCAAUACUACCCCCGUCAAGGAGGUGGUCGCGGCAGCGAGGGGGCUCCACGCAGAGGUGGCAUGGGACGGCGCGGGCCCCCACCCAACCAAGGGGGCGCGCAGGGGGACGAGGGGCAAGAUGGCGCCGGGGCCCCACCUCAGCGCUAUUUCCGUCGUAACUUCCGCGGCGGGAGGCGCGGCGGCGGGCCCCGGCCGAUGUACCGCGGCGGGUACCGCUACGUGCGCCCGCGCAGCAACCAGCCGGGCCAGCCGCCGCGGCAGAACGGCCAGGAGGGCGAGGCGCAGGCCUCCGCCUCCGCGCCGGCGCCGGCCAAGCCCAAGGCGCACAAGCCCGCGGCGCCGUGCAACGUCAUCGAGGUCACCACCAACGAGAGCCAGGCGUGAGUCGACGCCGGCGCCGCACACCAUCACUUCUAUCUAUUCAACUGACUCGUGUGUUUCGUUGCGUCAUGGCGAACGAUCAGAUCAUUGUAUACCGUUUUAUGUACAAGCAUGUCGAUGGGGACGGUGGGGCUGCAUAUUAUAAUUGUCAUUGAUGUGAUAUUUCUUAUUGUUUUAUACUUGUUUGUAUUGUACCAAUGUAGCUGCUGGGUGGCGAGCGAUAGUGUCUGAGGAAGUUAUCAAUUCGUCGGAAUCUAUUUUUUUUUUUUUUUACUGUUUUAAUUUUAUGUAUUGUGGGUGGGCGCGCGCGUUUGCCUCAAUGAAAUUGUGUGUUUUGAUAUUUAUUAAAAGUUUUUAUUAAUGAAGUAAUUCGUUAUUAAUAUAAUGAAAAUGAUAUAUACUUAUGUGUCCUCUGAUUGAGUUAUUGUGCAAUUUUAAAUUAUAAAAUUUUCAUUAUUUAUUACGUGUCGUCGUGAAAUAAUAUGCAGGUCCCAAAGCCCCAAAUCAAAUCAAUCAAAAAAAAAAUCUGAUAUUUUUAGGCAUGCUGUUUUAUUUUUUUUAAACAAAUAUUUACAAUUUUAAUCAAAUUAACCGUAUUGUUUAAUAAAUUGAAAUGUGCAGGACCAAGACAAUUUAUGAAUUUUGUUUUAUCUUGGUCUUGUUGAAAGCUAAAUUUUAUCAUGUUCAGGAAACUUUUAUUAUAAUUAUAGUUUUUAAUAUUUCAAAAAUAUGAAAUAAAUUUCUUUUUAUGUA